UGUACCUACCUUAGGUAUGUAUGUAGGAAUUAGCGUACCUAAGGGACUGUUUUAUAAGUACAUGUACUAAGGUACCUAACAGAUAGUUACAUGCACCUAGGUAGAUACUUAGUCUCCACCAUUCUUAUAAGUCCUCCAACUGCGGCUGUGGAUAGCAUCUGGAAUUCGACGGCUGGCGAAUAUUCCGUCCUAGGAGUCACGAUAAUAGGUAACAUGCAUGUCUCAAUCCGAUCUAGGAUUCUGAGAUACACAGUGCUAUCCCUCCCGCGGGAUUUGCCUAGCUAUCGGCUAUCGGGCAUGCUUCUGGAAUCGGGCAGCUCCUUUAAGAAGGUCUUCAACCUCGGAGUUCAAUUUUGGGUUAAACCCUUAUAAGUUUGCAGUCUGGUUUUACUCGAGAUCGUACUAGACGAAGAAUCAACAACGGUUAUUAAACCCAACAUAAUCUCCAGACGAUCCCCAAGCAUAGAUUGUGACUCGGUCUCUAUACUAAUACCUCGUCGACGGAAUGUCUGGAGACUUGAAGACCUACCGUGGCAGCUGCCACUGCGGCGCCUAUGUCUAUGAAGCCAAGAUGCCUCAUGUCUUCAAGGUGCUCGAGUGCAACUGCAGUUCGUGCUAUAAGAAGGGCGCUUUGUGGGUUGUUCCUGAGCCGGGAAACAUCCGCUUCAUCAAAGGCGACCAUAAUACCCUAGCAAAUUAUACCUUCGGAGAGAAAACCAUUAACCAUAAGUUCUGCCCCAACUGUGGAGUUCAGCUUUUGUUUGUCGGUGACGCCGCGCUUCCGAAGCCCGGUGAGGAACCUAGGAUGGGAGCCAAUGUUCGAUCGUUCCAGCAUGGUCAAGGUGUCGACGUAUGGAAUAUACUAAAGUUCUAUGCGGAUAACAAAGAGUUCAGGGGCCCUUAUAAGGCACCUAAGUUCACAGGACCAGAGCCGAAAGCCGUGAUAGAAGGCGGGAAGGUAUACACUGGUAGCUGCCAUUGCGGUGCAGUCAGGGUGGCAUUGAAAUCAAAGCCUCUCGAUAAGACCUCCACGGAACGCAUUAUAGAAUGUAACUGCAGUAUAUGCAAUAGGAUGGGUUACGUAUGGCUCUAUCCUAAGAAAGAGCAGUUCGAGAUUGAAGGUGAAGAAAAUCUCGCGUACUAUAAAUUUGGUUCUGAGCUCGUCGAGAAGUCUUUUUGCAAAACAUGUGGAAUACCGGUUCAUAACAACAUGCCACCGAUCUCCGACGAGGUGUUCAACAAGCUACCCGAAGGCCAGCGAGCGUUCAUCAGGGGAGGGUUAGCACCAAUUAACCUGAGGGUCUUCAACGACUUAGAUGUCGGCAACUUAAACGUGAAACAGGUCGAUGGCUACAAUCGUCCGCCGCUCUAUGUUGAGCCAUAAAACCCCAAAGUUGCGCCUAAAGUUGCGAAUGAAGAUCGAGAUUGGGUGGUAGUAACGGGGUAUAUCGUUUUCUAUAUUCACUUGUAUCGAAGCUUUAUCU